CUGAUGAGACCUGCGGCUCUGUGGUGGACAUUUCACUUCAUACAGUCUCAUUUAUGAACAAGAAUAAGGUCCAAAGAUUAACUUUGGACACUCCUGUGUGUGAGUAAAGGUGGACUGUAGGUUGGAGGUAUCGCCUCUCGGGGCGCAGCUCCCCCCUCCUCCUCCUCCUCCUCCUCCUCCCCCCGGCUGAGGGAGGAUCCAGGACGGCUGCCAGCUGGUGACAGAAGCAAUGAUCCACUGACACACACACAGACACACACAUACACACACACAGUCAACAGCAAGAGACGCAGGAAGAAAAGACAGAAACUCACCGCAGACAUGGCUCAGAGUUCAGACCUGGAGCAGGCUAUCAGCACACUGGUCAACCAGUUCCACUCUGCUUCAAGCAACGGCAGUGGAACGCUGAAAACUGAUGAGUUCAAGAACCUUCUGUCGAGCCAGAUGCCCAACAUGGUCAAGGGUAUUGCCACAGAGCAGGGCCUGGGUGAGAUCAUGAGGAAGAUGGGUGUAGCAGACGGAGAGGGAAUCUCUUUCAAGAACUUCUGGUCCUUAAUCCAGAAUGUAGCCACCAACCAGCAUAGCAUCCUUGCAGCUGCGCAGAAGGCUGGCUGCAGUUGCAUCCUCCUGUGAAGAGACGCGCUAAGACCGACACACCAGCAGCCUGGAGUUUAACUAAACACAGUAACACAAUGUUCAUCAGUCUCCUCAUCAGUGUCAGACAGAGUGCCAAGAUUCAGAGUCCAGUCUGCAUGGAAAGCUCUUCCAAGCAUUAGGACCAAACACUCUAAACACUAACAUUACACUUCUGCCAGUUUGUUACCCAGCAUCCUUUGCACCAGUUUAAAUCCACAUUUGGAAAAAAGUCCAUACAUCGCCACAUACAUUUUCAAAUAACAUGCAAACAAAUAAUCUAAUCCCCCUCAUGCUAAGUAUAAAGAAACACUGAAGUGUGAUUAUGAGGUGGGUCAUUUCAGCAAGGAGCCAUAUUUAUAAGCUUCACGUAAUUGAAAUUGGAGUGGGGUGAUGACUUGGAGGAGAUUGUAGAAGAAUUAGUUCAACAAACUGUUUUCUCGUUUUCAACCCCGCAUGUAAGUAUUCCCCCUCUCAUUUUAGACUGAUUCAUGAUAAAUGUUGAACCUUUACGAGAGGAGGAUUUGUAGGAGAGGAGGAGUGUAACAAAACCAUGGCGCCAGCUCCAGCACCAAACUAAUCAUGUGUUAGCUUUAACUGAGCAACAAUCGAAAGGCUUACUUUUAAAUAUACGUAAAUGGCCCUCAUCUGCUUCAAGCAGCUUGUUGGCUCCUCUGACAGUGUGUGAGUGCCUAAUGUGAAAAAAGAGCAGUUGUUGGUUUACAUUUGUGUGUUAUAAUCACACAAAUUGAAGCAUUCAGACACUUUCAAAUGAUCUAACAAGGGCUUUAAUUGUUGGAGUCCCCAAUGCUGAAUCUGAUUUUAACUGGUGCAAAAAGCAGGGAGCAUUUUCACCCUCACUAACAUGCUCACUUUCCCUCUUUCACUCCAUUUGUCUUUAUUUUUCUUCCUUGUAUAAUAGUGACUCAUUGUGCCUUUAAAUUGGUUGUGUUAUCUUCAUUUACACAAGGAUGAACUGCCUAUGGAAAAGUGGUGUUUUCCCUCAAAUAGAAGCAUCAGAAUAAAGAUGAUUGACCAUCCUUCGCCACUUAGAAAGGGAACAAGAGCGAGGUCUUUGCUGUCCAUUUUUCCUCACUUUUUCCAGCUGCUGUCGUCUCCAUAUUUAACCACUUUAAUUACAAGCAUAGAGUUAAUAAUCAGCAUUGUAGUGUAAUCAAAACUCACCAGGACCAUCAGAGGACUCAUGAGUUUCUGUUUUAGUGUUUGCUUAAACUCUUGAGAGUUAAACCUUAUCUCAGUCUUAACGUAUACAACACAGUCAUCUCAAGCCCACCUUCUGUUUGUCAGAAUCAAAACUCUUGUGUUUGGAUUCUUCCUUUACAUCAGUAUAUUUUACUUUGCAAUCAUCAGGAGAAACAUCUCAAAUGUGGCGUAAUGUCCCUUUAAACUGGUAACGCUUUACUUUCUGUGAUCCUGCAGUUCCUAUGUAUUUAUGUUUUAUACUUCCCUGUGUUCUGACCUGUGUGAUGCCUUAAGAAAAAUGAUUUCAAUAAAAAAAAAAAUCACCAGAUCUGCAUUUGUAAUUGUUCUUUUAUUGGUUGAGAAGUAAAUUUGUCCACGAAAUAAAACUGUUAUCCGAA